AAAAAAGAAGACAAUAAUUUUUAGUGCCCCGAAAGAAAGUUUAACCAUUGCAACUGUGGUGUUGCUAAAUUAUUCAGAACGGCUAGUACAACAGGUGGCUGUGACUUAACUGUGCCUCAAGUGAAUAGAUUAACUGAUUCUUGUUUGGAAAAAAACAUGCCAAUUUAACAAUACUCACGUUGAAGAGUUCAUUGGCGAAAAGUGAUUAACGUCAAUCGAUGUCGAACAAUGUUUACACUAACCAUGUGGUUGAAAAUGUAGUAAGAGUGGAAGAAGUAUCGGGGAGUUUCUGGACAAAAGAAGGAGUAAGACAAGGCUAUCCAUUAAGUCUAAUGCUGCUCGCGAUAUUUAUAUCGGAUCUGGAGGAGGUAUUGAGAAAAGGGCAAGCAGGAGGUAUAGUCGUAGGGAAGGAAAAGGCUUGGUCGUUUGCAUAUGCUGAUGAUAUAGUAAUGAUAGAGCAAAGAGCAGAAGAACAGGACGAGAUGCUAAGAACACUAGAAAGAUAUUUAGAUAAAAGAAAGUUAUCUAAACACAAAAAAGUCAAAGGUAAUGGUAUUUAAAAAAGGAGGUGGGAGGGGAAAAGAACGAGUGUGGAGGUGGAAAGGAAAAGUUUUAGAGACGGUGAAAGAGUUUGUGUAUUUGGGGGUGCACUUCCAAAGGAACGAAGAUAUGGCCAGGCAUGUAAAAGAGAGAGUAAAGAAGGCGAAUGUUGUAAUCAGACAGGUAUAAUGGAAUAGGAGAACGGAAGUUCAAAGGAGACUUUAGAAGAAGACUUCUAAUGUUUGAUAGUUUGGUGUUGGGAGUGAUGCUAUAUGGGGCGGAGGUUUUUGGAUGGAGGGAGAGGUCGGAGUUGGAAGGGGUACAAACAAAAUAUAUAAGGUGGUGUCUAAGUUUGGAUUUCUGUAUACCAAAAUACAUGAUCCUAGAGGGAACAAAAAGGGAGAAAAUAAGAAUCAGAACGGGGAUAAAAGCUUUAAGAUUUGAAGAGAAGAUUAGGAAUGGAGUCGGCAGGGAGCUGUUAAAGGAAUGCCUGAAGGAAAAGGAGACAGCGGCGGAGAGUCGAGGAGUUAAGAGAAGGAGAGAGAGAUGUAGUGAAAGAGGACUACGGCCAGAGUAUUUAAAUAAAACAGGAAAGGGAGAUAAUCAGAAACUUAUAGCUAGGAUAAGGUAUGGGAAUUUAGAAGAGGGAAACAGAUAUUGGCUGAAAGAGGAGGAGAGGAAGUGCGGUUUGUGCAAAUUGAAAAAGGGACGCCUCAUAGAGGACUGCCAGGAGUUAGAAAGAGGAGAAUUAAAAGAGGAAACGUUGGUAGAAGGGAGGGUGGAUGAGAGGGUAGCAGAGUGAGUAAGAAAGAUUGAGAAGAAGAGGAAGGAAAGGAACGGGCAGUAAAAAAUGUAAAAUAGAAAGAGACCAAAGUCAAUGUUAAGGGUAGUUUAAGGAUUCGAUGUAUGUAGAUUAAGGGUUAUUAAUUUUAAGUUUAGUAUGUAAGAUAUUGAGUAUGGUGGUAUGAGUGAGUGUGUACAUGGUUUAGUGGAUUGUAAAUAUUGUAAUCCAAGUCCAUUUCGUGGCUUAAAAGCUGGAAUAAAAACUAUAUCUAUUUAUCACUAACCAUGUGGUUUCCAAACCGUCUCCAGUACUUACCUCUAUCUCCAAACUUUAUAAAAAUAGAUUUACAAGGUAUUGGAAAGACACUAUUGUAAAAAAAUAUUAACAAAUUUAGUUUUAGUGCCCCAUAGUGGCGAAGUCAUCGCGAGCGAAGAAAUCGCUGCAUCAGCCGAUGUCUUCUUGAGCGAUCAGAG